AUGAUCAGCACCCCAAAGGAGGGUAACCACACUACCGAUACCACCACCACCAACACCCCGGCCCCUUCACUCUACAAGUACCGUGUUCUGCCGGACCCCUUUAUCAAUAAAGCUAGUGCGGGGUCCCCCAUCUCCCCCCCUCUCCACCCCGAGGUAAAUUCCUUUUCCUUAUUUUUACAAGGUACUUUCAAAAGGGCCUAUCUCGAUCGCCGCCUCUACCCCUACUAUCGGCUUUGCGAAUAUUUCUCGAGGAUUAGAUCGCCCUAUAGUUACGCUAGGAUGCCAUUGCCAGAUACUUUUUCCGAGUCCGUACGCAUUGCGGUGAUUGGGGGGACUGGAAUUUCGGCUUUAGAAGCUGAAGGAUUUACAGCUGUUGCGAGCCUCGAUAUUCAAACACCCUACGGCGCCCCCGGUAGCCCCCUCACGAUCCUCAAAACGCCACAAAACACCCCAAUAGCAUUCCUCUCGCGUCACGGCCUCCACCACGAACUCACCCCGACGGAAAUCCCCAACCGUGCCAACAUCGCCGCUCUCCGAUCCAUCGGCGUUCGCUCCAUCAUCGCUUUCUCUGCUGUCGGCAGCUUGCAAGAACACAUUCGUCCUCGGGACUUUGUCGUCCCCUCGCAAAUCAUUGACCGGACGAAGGGACUUAGGGCGAGCACAUUUUUUGAGGGUGGGUUGGUAGGUCAUGUGGGCUUCGCGGAUCCAUUUGAUUCGGAGCUGUCUAAGGUUGUGUUUGACAUUGGGAGCGACGGGGUGCUGAAUGGGGAGGGGGUGAAGAUGCAUAAGGAUGCGCUGUUGAUUUGUAUGGAGGGCCCACAAUUCAGCACCCGCGCGGAAAGCAAUCUGUAUAGGUCCUGGGGUGGGGACGUCAUUAAUAUGUCUGCUCUCCCAGAGGCAAAACUUGCGAAGGAAGCUGAAAUCGCGUAUGUUAUGGUUUGCAUGUCUACCGAUUAUGACUGCUGGAAAACCAAUGAAGCAGCUGUAACUGUCGAAACAGUUAUGGGUAACAUGCACGCCAACGGUGCCAAUGCAAAGCACCUUGCCGCUGCAAUACUCAAGGAAUUGGCAAAGGAGGAGCAUCAGGAUCUUGUGGGCGCAAAGCACUUGGAGGGUUUGUCGAAGUGGGCGUGUUGUACCGCUCCAGCGGGAAGAAAGGCAGAGGUGGUGAAGAAGAUAGAAUUUAUGCUGCCGGGGUACUUUAGCUAGAGAGCCUUUUUAGAGACUUGGUAGUCGUAAAGCCUAGAGUAUAGACACACGAUACCUAGGAGGUAAGGAGGGGGAGAGGGGAGUCAGGAGGAAUGUGUUUCGAGACUAGAAAUCCUUACUAAGAAAAUUAUGGACACCACUUGC